AUGACAGGCAAACGUCGUAAACAGAAUGAUGUUCAAUAUUGUUGCAAUAUUCAAUAUGAAUAUGACAAUACUAUUUGUUUGAACACAAAAUAUUUUUCUAAAUAUGGCAAACCACGAUGUUUGGCAAAUCAACGUGAACGAGAUCGUACACAGUCUGUAAAUUCAGCAUUCAUUGAACUUCGUAAACUUAUUCGAACAGAACCAAUUGAUCGUCGUUUAUCAAAAAUUGAAAUACUUCGUUUAGCUGUUAGUUACAUUAAUCAUUUACAUUGCGUUUUAACAAUAUCAAAUGUCGAACAACAUCAAUGUUCAGUGAAACAAGUAACCUUGCAUAAUGAAAAACAACAAAUAAAUAGUGUUGAUCAUGAGAAACUUUGUGUAUUUUGUCAUAGUGAUGUUAAUACUAAUUUUUCACGUUAUAAAUAA